UAUCGAUUCAACGAGAUGGCGAGGCCGUCGUCGUGGUGGAUGGCGCUGCUCGUCGCCGCCGCCGUGGCGCAGCUCGGCGCGUCGGACCUGAGCAAGGACUACUACAACAGCACCUGCCCCGACGUCGAGAGCAUCGUGCUCGGCGUCGUGAAGGACAAGAUGCAGGCCACCAUCCGGACCAUCGGCUCCACCGUCCGCCUCUUCUUCCACGACUGCUUCGUCGAUGGUUGCGACGGCUCGGUGCUGAUCCAGUCGACGCCGGGGAACACGGCGGAGAGGGACGCCCCCGACAACCUCUCCCUGGCGUUCGAGGGGUUCGAGACGGUGAGGAGCGCCAAGGCCGCCGUUGAGGCCCAGUGCCCCGGCCAGGUCUCCUGCGCCGACGUGCUCGCCAUCGCGGCGCGCGACGCCAUCGCCCUGAGUGGCGGGCCCUUCUUCCCGGUGGAGCUGGGCAGGCUGGACGGCAUGCGCUCCAGCGCCAGCAACGUCGCCGGCAAGCUGCCGCAGCCGAACCACACCCUCACCCAGCUCGUCGCCAUCUUCAAAGCCAACGGCCUCAACAUGUCCGACAUGGUCGCUCUCUCAGCGGCGCACAGCGUCGGGCUGGCUCACUGCAGCAAGUUCUCGGACCGGCUGUACCGGUACGACCCGCCGUCGCAGCCGACGGACCCGACGCUGAACCCCAAGUACGCGGCGUUCCUCAAGGGGAAGUGCCCCGACGGCGGGCAGGACAACCUGGUGCUCAUGGACCAGGCCACGCCGGCGCUGUUCGACAACCAGUACUACCGGAACCUGCAGGACGGCGGCGGCCUGCUCGCCUCCGACGAGCUGCUCUACACCGACAACCGCACGCGGCCCAUGGUGGACUCGCUGGCGGCCAGCACGCCGGACUUCUACAAGGCCUUCGCCGACGCCAUCGUCAAGCUCGGCCGCCUCGGGGUCAAGUCCGGCGGCAAGGGCAACAUCCGCAAGCAGUGUGACGUCUUCAAUUGAGAAAUGGACGUACGACUACCAUUUGAAGCUCUGCAUGCCGAUGGUGCACGUGUACGUACACACGAUGAACUGAAAAUGUGUACGUUGACACGUAUGACGUAUAUAUAUAUACGUUCAUUCCAAAGGAGGAGUAUGGUUUAGUGAUUCGUUGGGUUUGCCAGUUUUCUGUUUGUACAUCGAUCGACCGAUCGGUCUUGUCUAAUUCGUUGUGUUAAGUAUGUCUUUUCUGCACCCAAUUUGGAUUCAAUGAAAUAUCAAG